CAUGUUUGUCGUAAAAUGUUUGGUUACCAUAGAGCUAACAACAUGGCGUCACCGGGAGACUGUUGGUGACCCGUCUUUUAUUUUGAUGUAGAAAUCUGAUAGCUGUAAAGACAAGUUCUAAAGACAGUAUGGCGGACGAGAGGCUUGCAGUGGCGAGGCUACCUCCACUUAGCGGAGUACACGCCCCUGCAUCUCCUAGAGAGCAAAAUGACGGACUUGUGAAUGAUCACUCGUACCAGCUGGGAAAUCGUCACCACUAUCUCCCAAAUCCAAAAGUUUUACGCCCAAUGGUUGACACAAGGUCUGGUGAGCUUGACACAUGGCCAGCCCAUGCCAGUGGUCUUAUACUGUCUUCAGCUGCUGCAAUGCUAUCCAAGGACAAGUCUUUUAUUGUGGCAAGAGAAAGAGAGAGUGGAAUGGCACCCUUGAUUCCAAAACCUCGAUUUCUUCAGCAACUAGAGAACUUUCUGAAGAAGGAGUUGGUUGUUCUUGGCGUCACAGAGGUCACACCAAGUGAUUUACGUCUGCAGGCACAUCGAGAAGUGUUUGAGUACCUGAUUGAAGACUUUAAAACCUACAGACCACUGCUGUCAGCAAUAAAGAAUGAGUAUGAAAUGAUGCUGGCAUUUCAGCGGCAGCAGAUUCGACAGCUGGAGCCCCUGAAACAAAUGCUGGUGACAGUGUCGGAACAGUGUGACCAGAAAAUACUGAAUAUGCGAGAGGAAGAGCGUCAAGAGGUCAUAGACUUGAAAGCUGAGAACCGUGACCUUCGAGUCCAAAUAUCUGUGAUGUUAGAUGAGCAGAAAGAUUUACAGGAGCAGGUUGCUCGCUUGCAAGAAAAACUACAUGAAGAAUACCUGAAGUACCGAGAUGAGUGUGAUGCCCGCAAGCUGCUGAUUUCUGACAUCAAUGAGCUGCGAUAUCAGCAGGAAGACUACCUGGCUUCCAAACAGCCCACUUCUGAUAAUGGGGAGGAGAAAGCAGAAGACCCUGUCUUGCUAAAGGUAGCUCUCAGGAAGGCUAGAGAAAAUGAGAAAACAGCAUCUGUCCGCCUGAAUCAGAUAAUUGCUGACUAUGGGAAUGUUAUUCCACUGCGGGAUUUUGAGGCAUUGGAGAAAAACUACAAGGUCAUAGCAGAAAAGUUUGAAACCGUCUCUUCUGAAUUCAAGAAAAUACAAGCAGAAUAUGAAGCCCUGCUUGAUGUGCAAAAACAGUUGACAAGCCAGCGUGAUCAGUUUUACCUGGAACUGGAGACGAUGAAGCGUAGUGCAACACCCAGACCUGACUGGGACAAAUGUGCGGACUUCAUCCAAGGAGGAAUGGUGCGAUGGAAGGAAAUAUCCGAGGGCAAGAGUAGCAAUGAGCUGGUAAACCUGUUGCUGCAGGAAGUGGGGACAGGGGAGACUGUGGGUGGUGGUGGAGCUGAAUUCUUUGAUGGGCAGGGUACAGGGCCCUCCAUUCCUAAGUAUCUGCAGUAUGAGGGUCCUGUUCGCAACCGGCGACUUGGAAAGCGCGAUGCAGCUCUUAUCAUACGGGACAUCUGGCGAGAGAAAUCUGCAGCUGAUGCGGAGGUCAAGACAGACGGCACGCGAGAGAACUUGGGAGAGUUCCUGCAUAGGUACUUGAAGAAUCGCUUUUCCUUGGAUCAGCUUGUGGUGGAGUGGGGCUACAAUCUGUAUGAUGCUUGCCAGCGUUAUGCUCAUGAUGAAAACAUUGGUCUGUUUUGGCGUAUCCUCAAUGAGGAGGCAGAUGAAGAGAUUUACCAUCAGCAGCUCUAUUUCAUCCACACGUUGCUCACUAAGCUCACCAAGGCAGACAUGCAGCAUGGCAACAUAGGCAACCUCAGCUAUGGGUUGUUCCUGAGCACGCUGCAGAAUGCACUUCCAGGGAUCGAUGAAGAAGCCUUGGCCAUUAUCAUGAAAGCAGUGGAUACAGAUGGGGACGAUAAAGAGACACAAGAGGUGGACUACAAGAGCUUCUUUACUGAGGAUGAUGAAGGUAAAACUGGCCCAUUCCUGACAGAAGUAAAGAAAUGGAUGGAGGCACAAAAAGCAGCAUACAUCAAAGAAAUUAAAGAAGCGUUACAAGAUACCAGCUCAGUCACAAUUGAAGACUUCAAGCGUUCCUUGAGCCUUGUUGACCCGGAGAUUGAUUCACAGAGAAUGGAUGCCUUUGUCCGAUGGGGAUUCAAGGUUACUGGUGAUAAGGUUGAGGAUGCUGAGCCUGUGGAACUGUCAAAGUUACUGGAAAGAUUGCACCAUGGAAAUAUUACACAGACUGGCAAGAUGCAAUGAGAUUUCCUAUGCAGCUAUAACUCACUUUCCAGACUAAAAACACCUUUUGAAAACCUGAUGUUUAUGGGAAAAAGCAUCAUGAUCAGGAUUUCUAUGACAUCCAAAUAAGAUGGACAAAAAAGGGCAAGUACAAAAAGUGAUAGGCACAGUGGAACAUUUGAAGGCAAAAUAUAUUCAUCUGACCCUUUGUUCAGCAGUGUUCCACAAUCAUGAGAGCCAUAGCAAGAUGAAUUUCUUCAGACUUUUCAUUUAUUCAGUCAGAACUGUUCAGGCAAGGCCAGUAGCUGUGCAGAUUAGUUAUUGGUGCAUUACAGAGCAGUACCACAAGAGUGUUGAAAGCAGUAUUAUGAAACCUGUCAGCAGCUCCGGCUAUGUAUUUUCUUCAUGGAAUAUGUUGAUUUUGUGAGCAUUAAAUUUACGAUUUCCCCUGGAAAUUUUAGAAGAAUGGAGUCAAAGAUAAGGACUGAUAAUGAUGAUGACAACAUGAACAAAACUGAAUAAUUACUUAUACCACAGUCACUGAGCCCAGUCACAGAACCAGCGGAAAAUUGAAGUUGCUGAUGAUAAACAUGCAAGUUGUCCUCUUUUUUAAAGGUCAUCAGCUACUUCAGUGUGUUCUCUUCUUGUUCUGUCACAUUACGGUAUUAGAGGUUGCCACAUUAUAAUUUAUAUGGUUAAAGUGAUUGUGGUCAUUUUGUAAGCAUUUUACAAAGAAUGUUUAUAGAUAUUGAUACUAAAAGUGUAUUUAAUUGUGUUAUAAUUUUCUGUGAAAGACAAACAUAAACGUCGUGUAUAAUUUUGUUAUUUUCUGGUCAGCUUACAGAGGAAAAAUGUCACCAAUACACUAUGCUAUUUUUCAAUUUAA